UUUACCUUGCCCUAUAGUUUUUUUUUUAUGUUUUGUUUUGUUUUCUUUCAUUUUUUCAGGCCAAAUCUCUUGAAAGACAGAAGUAGUUUUGAUAAGGUAAAACAGAUGAGAGGGUUGAGCCUAACAGAACAUCUGAGAUCUGGAAUAUGCCUAGAACAGCAUGACUGCUUAAGCAUAUAAWGGUGUUGUCAUUUAUUUUCAAUUACAUGCCAUUUCUCCUGAUACUGACUCAGUGAUUGUUUCUAUUUCUAUUACUCCAGAUUUAACUUGAGGAUUUAACAUCUGCUUCUAAUUAAAAAAGUAGUGUUUCCCUACAAAAGUGAUCAAUGUUGUGCUGAUUUGCCAUGAAUAAUUCUGUAUAUGUGGUUGAUGGUGAUUCUGAUGAGGAAAUCCCUACCCAACGAGCUAUUCAGGAAAGCUUACAAGACAGGCACAAGACUGAAACAAGUGGCAGUGCAACAGAGCUUGAAAGUUUCCARUAUACUGGAAGUCAAGAACAUGGGGAGAUCAUUGCAGCAAUUCGGACAGGCCAAGAAGAGGCCUUGAAGAAGCUGGUGGGACACAGUUCUGCUUUUGAAGAAGCAGAUCAGCAAGGCUGGCUUCCUGURCAUGAAGCUGCAGCACAGCUAAAUAAGAACAUCCUUGAAAUAACUCUAAGAGCCUCCCGUGACAUUACGUGGGAACAGACCACUCUAAAAGGAGAAACACCUCUCUUGGUGGCAGUAAGACGUUGUUUUGUGGAAAAUGUCCACUUUCUCCUGCUCAAUGGCUGCAAUCCCAAUGUUAAAAAUGAAGAGGGAGAUUCUCCUUUAGUUAUAGCAAUCAAACAUGAUUCCUAUAACAUUGCCUCCCUGUUGCUACGGUCUGGUGCCAGAGUGAAUUUGCGCUGUGUCCAUGAGAGAACGGCUCUGCAUGAGGCAGCCAGGCUGGGCAGGAAGGAUCUGGUACAGCUUCUCCUGGAGUCUGGAGCAGAUCCUGACCCCCGCAGUGGAUAUGGGCUCACACCCCUAGCACUGGCUGCACAGAUGGGACACACAGAAAUCAUGGAGCUCUUACUGCAAAGAGGUGCUGAUGUUCUUUCACAGGCAAAGGAUUGUGCUUCUAUACUGUUUGAAGCAGCAGGAGGAGGAAAUCCAGAUUCUGUGAGUCUUUUACUAGAAUAUGGGGCUGAUGCCAAUGUACCAAAGCACUCGGGUCAUUUGCCAAUCCACAGAGCUGCAUAUAGAGGACACUAUCUAGCCCUGAAAUAUUUAGUUCCAGUGACUGAUUUUGCUGCCAUUAAAGAAAGCGGGAUAAGUCCAGUUCACUCGGCAGCAGCGGGAGCACAUCCUCAGUGCCUUGAGCUUCUCCUCCAGUCUGGCUUUGAUGCCAAUUUUAUGCUGGCUCAGAGAGUUCGCAAAGGCUACGACGACCACAGGAAAUCAGCGCUGUACUUCGCCGUUUCCAACGGGGACAUCUGCUCCACGCAGCUGCUGCUGAACGCCGGAGCCCUGGCAAACCAAGAUCCCAUCAACUGCCUCCAAAUCGCCUUGAGAAUGGGCAACUACGAGCUAAUGAACCUGCUGCUCCGCCACGGGGCCAAUGUCAACUACUUCUGCCGUGUGAACACCACGCAUUUCCCCUCAGCCCUGCAGUACGCCCUCAAAGACGAGGUGAUGCUGAGGAUGCUGCUCAACUACGGCUACGAUGUGCACCGCUGCUUCGACUGCCCGCGGGCCAGCGGCUCCCACUCGCAGUACGUGACCGACGGCUGGACCUCCACUGUCAUCAAAGACACCAUGUUCUGUGAAGUGAUAACCUUGUCCUGGCUGAAGCACGUGUCUGGGAAAGUAGUGCGAGUCAUGUUAGAUUACRUCGAUCACAUUAAGAUCUGCUGCAAGCUCGAAGCAGUUCUCAAAGAACAGGAACUCUGGCCAGACAUCAAUUCAAUUUUAACAAACCCUCGCUCUCUGAAGCACCUUUGCCGGCUGAAGAUCCGGGCGUGCAUGGGCCGGCUGCGUCUCCGCUGUCCUGUCUUCAUGACCUUCCUUCCACUGCCAAAGUGCUUGAAAGACUACAUACUGUACAAGGAAUACGAUCUUUAUGGACAGGAAAACUUCACAGGGAUCUACAACCUCAACUGUGCAUAAGUAUUACUCUUGUACUUCGAAGGGAACGUUAACGUGAAUAAGACUGUUGUGCUUUUUUCUUUUGGGAUUUUCUCUCCUCUGUAUAUUAAGUAAUGCCAACGUUUUCAUCUCACCCCCCGAAGAAAAUGGCAAGAACUCGAAAAUGUAAGUAUUGGUGAUCCUGUUCUAUGGCUAUCCUAAAAUGUGACCUAGCUGAAAUUUACAGCAACAGUAUUUUAAAUGCCUAGUGUGACAAGAUAAGGAAGUGUAAAACGCAGGGCUGCAAMUCUUGUGUUAUGGCUAAGUUAAAAGCUGUCAUAUCAGAUACCACUAACCCUAUUCCAAGGUUAAACUCAGGGCUUAGUUAAAGGACAGGGAUUUGAUUAAAACGAAGAAGGGAUGUAGUUCUUUUUUCUCCUGUUACUCCCUUCUCUUGACAAAUAGUUUUUAUUUGUGAAGUCCUACAGUGAAGUUCUGAGGAGCAGCUUAAGUAAUUUUUUUUCACCCAAUAAAGUAAUCCCCCAUUCUAGGCAAUGAAAUGGGAUUAAGCUUUAGAACCCUCYGCUUAUCUCAGCAGCUCAUGUGACAUACCAAUGUUUCAACAAGGUGGCACUGCUGAAAGACCUGUUAGGUCUGCAGCUCCUUCUSUAUGUCCCAUCCACCACGGACUUUUGAUUAUUCUCUCUAGAACUGGAUUUUCUUUUUACAAUGCUGUCCCAAAGCCAUGCUUGCAAUUUUUUGAGCUUCUCUCUAUAGAGGUGGAGCAUAAAGUUUUUGGAGCCCUGCCAUUUUAGGAAGUGUUACAGAAGUCUUAGAAAGACCUACACUAUGCCUGUUACUUUUAAAAAUACAGCAAAUGUCAGUACCUAUGUUAGAAGAAAAAGAAGUUCAUCACCACAUUUGGCAUU